GCGCCACCGGAGCUCCUUUCGGGCGCACGCUUCCCUGGCGCGGGCUGCGCGCGGCGGCUGCUGCUGCUGCUUCCACUGCUGCUGCGGACUCCCAUGGCGGCUCCGCCCGGCCGGGGCUGCCGCCGCUGCCGCCAGCCGCGGGCUGAAUGAAUGAGCCGGAGCGGCGGAGCCCGGCUGCCCGCGGCCGCGCUCACCGGCCCGGGACGCUUCCGCAUGGCCCGCGAGGAGCCGGCGCCGGCGGCGGUGGCGGCGGCCGGGCAGCCCGGGGGCGACCGGGGCGGCGAGCGCGAGCGGGCGCUGCAGGGGCCGGGGGUCGCCCGCAGGGGGCGGCCGUCGCUGAGCCGCGCUAAACUGCACGGGCUGCGGCACAUGUGCGCCGGGCGCACGGCGGCGGGGGGCUCCUUCCAGCGGCGGGCGCUGUGGGUGCUGGCCUUCUGCACGUCCCUCGGCUUGCUGCUGUCCUGGUCCUCGAACCGCCUGCUCUACUGGCUCAGCUUCCCGUCGCACACGCGGGUGCACCGCGAGUGGAGUCGCCAGCUGCCCUUCCCCGCCGUCACCGUGUGCAACAACAACCCUCUGCGCUUCCCGCGCCUCUCCAAGGGGGACCUCUACUACGCCGGCCACUGGCUCGGGCUGCUGCUGCCCAACCGCACCGCACGCCCGCUCGUCAGCGAGCUGCUGCGGGGCGACGAGCCGCGCCGCCAGUGGUUCCGCAAGCUGGCCGACUUCCGCCUCUUCUUGCCGCCGCGCCACUUCGAGGGCAUCAGCGCCGCCUUCAUGGACCGCCUGGGCCACCAGCUCGAGGACAUGCUGCUCUCCUGCAAGUACCGCGGCGAGCUCUGCGGCCCGCACAACUUCUCCUCCGUGUUUACAAAAUAUGGAAAGUGUUACAUGUUUAACUCAGGCGAGGAUGGCAAGCCUCUGCUCACCACGGUCAAGGGCGGGACAGGCAACGGGCUGGAGAUCAUGCUGGACAUUCAGCAAGAUGAAUACCUGCCCAUCUGGGGAGAGACAGAGGAAACGACAUUUGAAGCAGGAGUGAAAGUUCAGAUCCACAGUCAGUCUGAGCCGCCUUUCAUCCAAGAACUGGGCUUUGGGGUGGCUCCAGGGUUCCAGACUUUCGUGGCCACCCAGGAGCAGAGGCUCACAUACCUGCCCCCACCCUGGGGCGAGUGCCGAUCCUCAGAGAUGGGACUCGACUUCUUUCCUGUUUACAGUAUCACCGCCUGUCGGAUUGACUGUGAGACACGCUACAUUGUGGAGAACUGUAACUGCCGCAUGGUCCACAUGCCAGGGGAUGCCCCUUUCUGUACUCCUGAGCAGCACAAGGAGUGCGCAGAGCCUGCCCUAGGUCUGUUGGCGGAGAAGGACAGUAAUUACUGUCUCUGCAGGACACCCUGCAACCUGACCCGCUACAACAAAGAGCUCUCCAUGGUGAAGAUCCCCAGCAAGACGUCAGCCAAGUACCUCGAGAAGAAAUUUAACAAAUCAGAAAAAUAUAUCUCAGAGAACAUCCUUGUUCUGGAUAUAUUUUUUGAAGCUCUCAAUUACGAGACAAUUGAACAGAAGAAGGCAUAUGAAGUCGCUGCCUUACUUGGUGAUAUUGGUGGUCAGAUGGGAUUGUUUAUUGGUGCUAGUAUCCUUACAAUACUAGAGCUCUUUGAUUAUAUUUAUGAGCUGAUCAAAGAGAAGCUCUUAGACUUGCUUGGCAAAGAAGAGGACGAAGGGAGCCACGAUGAGAACGUGAGCACUUGCGACACGAUGCCAAACCACUCUGAAACCAUCAGCCACACUGUGAAUGUGCCCCUGCAGACGGCCCUGGGGACUCUGGAGGAGAUUGCCUGCUGACAGCCCUCGGACCGCCCGGCAACCCCCAAACAGACCUGGAGGCCCAAGACCCAGGACAGGGGACAGCAGGCACAGGUGCGAUGGCCCCUGGUGACAGAAAGAAGAGCCCCCUAUGCACACAUAGCAAACUCUCUGCCAAAACCUCGCUGCGGCCACGUCUGAUGCGACGUGUCCUCGGGCCCCACCGUGCGUCCCUCUUAGGAGAAAUGAGUCACGCUCCGGAACUGUCCGAGAACCCACCUGCCAUCACAUCUCACUGCCAGAUGUAAAAAGCACCUGCAUGCUGAGACCGCUCACGGCGCCACCUCCACGUCUGUCUCUCUACCUGACUCUCCUCCGCGUGCUCCCCGGCAGCCACUCUGCGGCCACCCAGCGGGACCAGGUUCUAGCCCCGAAGUCGCCACCGCGUGGCCAUGCUGGGGUCGCAGCUGCACAGUCGAGAGGGAAAGCGCAGAACUCUCAACCACGUCCGGUCCUUGUGUACUUUGUGAAGGUUCUGAACCUGCCCUCAAACCCCUGCCCUCCUCCGAGCUGGCCCCUGGGCUGACCAGGGCCCCCCACCCCCUACCCCCGUCCCAGCGCCUGGUGGAGGCAGGGUGGCCUGGGCGACUCCAGCACUCAUCCAUGGGACCCACGUCAUUCUGCUGUCCCCGUGACCUAGCUUGUACAGUCCGAUUCUGUUUCUUCUUCGGGGGGCUUGUUUUGUCUGUCUGUCGGAGAUCUGUUCUGUUUGGUUUGGUUUUUACUUUCCGAAUUUGGGUUUUGAUGUUCUGAGGUUUGGUUUGAUUUAGUUUUUCCAUUUUCUCUGGCAUUUAUUUAUUCGUGCUUCCAGUCACGGUCAUAUUAAAAGCUGGUCUUGUGGAAACA